AAUGGAUUCAGUCUAAUAUUUCUUCAGUGCUUCAAAAAAUUGUUAACCAUUCUUGUAAAAAAUUACAAUCAUAUUGUAUUCACGCAAUUGUCAGCAAUCCAAACUUGUUAUUUUAUUCUGAGGAAUUUAUAAAUAUAGAAGAAGAUAUGCUUAUAAAUAUUUUGGAAAGAGAUGAUUUUAAUAGAAUGCGCGAAAUUGACGUUUGGAGUUUUGUUUUGAAUUGGGGAAUUACAAAUACUGUGGAAUUAAAGGCUGAUGAUGGUACGGAUAAUGUUGAAGAUGUUGAAAAAUGGUGUGAAUCUGAUUUUAAAGCAUUAUCAAAAACUAUUAAGAAAUUAAUUUGUCAUAUUCGAUUUUCUGAGAUUUCACCUUGUGAUUUUAACUCUAAAAUCAAACCCUAUGCAAAAAUAUUUCCUCCUUCACUUUGGGAUGAUUUACAAACUUAUUUUAACUCUAGAUGUUACACUAAAUCAGCUUCACUGCUUCCACCACGACGACGUAUAAGUUCUGAAAUUCUUUCAAAUGAACAUGUAUCAAUAUUAGCAAAUUGGAUUAAAGAUAUUCAAAGAAUGGACAUUACAGCUACAUCUCCAUACGUAUUACCAUAUGCUUUUAGGUUAUUAUAUAGAGCAACAAGGGAUGGGUUUGACUUAGAACAUUUGCAUAAACGAAUAGAGACAAAGAAAAGUUUUAUAUUUAGUUUCAAAAGCGGAAGUGAGAGCUCCAAUAAUAUAAACAGCAUUAGCAGAAACCGUAUUGACAACAGUGAUUAUAUUGCAACUAACGCUCCUGUACAAUCAAAGCCUACGAUAAUAUCGAAAAUAAGUCGUAUUAAUCCAGAAAUGGCAGAUAGAGUAGUAUUCGAUUCUCGUGUCAGUCAUAUAUGUUUUGGCGGAAGUGAUCUAAGAAUAGGUGGUAUCUUAAAUCCUAAAAGUGGUUACACAAGGUCACAAUAUUAUGAAACGAAAAUUAGAGAAUUUCAAGGGUUGUUUCACAUUGAUGAUUAUGAGAUAUUUUCAAUUUCCAAGCCAUCGUAG